AUGACACUCUUAUUCCUAUUCUUAUUCCCAUUCUAUUUAUUCUUUAAAUUUAUUUUGAUUUUAUUUUCAUUUGUGUUCACUAAACAUCAACUUGACACUCGUCAAGACGAAGAAGAAGAAGAAGAAGAAGAAGAUAUACAGAAAUGGUCCGAAAGAUGCUCAAUAUGUUUUGAUGCCAAGUUGGACUUGUGUCUUGACUAUUGUAGGGAUCAAUUUUGCUUAUCCUGCUUUCAAAAGUACGUCUCGGAAGUGGUAAAGUCCUCUUGGGGACUUUGUGUUACAAAGAUCAGGUGUCCCGUGUGUCGACUGCAUAUACCUCAGUCAGAAUGGACAAGAUACGUACCCAAAUCGAUUAUUGACCUCUAUGACAAGUUCAACAAACCGUACAGAAGCUAUUCUAGAUGCUGUCCUCAGUGUGAGACAGAGGUAACUCCUUGUUUAUUUGAACCUGCCCUAUAUUACCCAAGUCGCUCGCGAUUGAUUGCCUCUUCCCUAAGAGAAUUGUUUACUCAACACCCUUUGGUUCAAGUGUUUGAACGAUCAGAGUGGAAAAACUCCAAUUUAUUAGAGAUUCAUCAUCAGUUGAUGGUUGAGAUUCCAUCCAAAGAAAAGGCAAAACAGAUAUCAAAGCAAAUCAUGUUGCUUGACAUUCGACCCGAUACCUGGCGAAAGAUUCAGUUUGAUCAUAUUUCCUUUUUUCCCGUCUUUGACUGUCCAACCUGUCACCUUCAAUUUUGUUUACAAUGUGGCUACGAGGCACAUCCACCUAGGACAUGCGAGGAGUACAUGAAGCAUCUGGUCGAUUUAAAAAAGGAAAAUCAUGAAGUCCUGACUUGGGCAUUGAAGCACAGCCAAAGGUGUCCUAGUUGUUGUAUCAUGAUCAACAGAGAUGAAGGAUGUAAUAAGGUUGAUUGUGCCUUUUGUGGAUUUGUCUUUUGCUGGGAGUGUAAAUCAGCUUGGUCAGAUAGAUGUGGAUUCUUUGAUUGUGUAAAUAGUAAAAAGCCAAGGCCAAUGGAUAGUGUUCAUAACCAAAGUGUGGAUAGAGCUGAAUUAGGUGUUCCGGAUAUCUCUUUAAUCGAAUCAAGACUAUCUCAACAAUAAAUAAAAGAAAGAGAAAAAUCGAUAUUUAUUAGGUUAUAAAUCAACUAAUGUACUAGAAGAAUCAGGACAAGGAUACUCUUUUACUAUAGCCUCCUGGAUUUGCUGAAUGGUUGUAUUCAAAAGUACACCAUCUCCUUGCUGUUGCGUGAACUGUACAAUACAAUCUGACUCUGAUACAAUUAAUUCAAUUCUACAUUUCACUUGUUUUAAUUUGCCUGUGUUUAAUACUUAUAUAUCAGUUCACUGUUUUAACAAAUAGUAAUAAAAAAGAUUAUACCUUGAUCUGGCUUUGUCUUUAU